AUGUGCGUUACAGCUGUAGGAUUUGGAAUGGAUCCUGACUUACAAAUUGAUAUCAUCACAGAACUGGAUCUUGUGAAUACAACCCUUGGGGUAACGCAAGUGUCGGGGCUACACAAUGCCAGCAAAGCAUUUUUAUUUCAAGAUACAGAAAGAGAAAUCCAUGCAGCGCCCCAUGUGAGUGAGAAGUUAAUUCAGCUCUUCCGGAAUAAAAGCGAGUUUACGUUUCUGGCCACCCUGCAACAGAAGGCAUCGACUUCUGGAGUUAUACUGUCUAUCCGAGAGUUAGAGCACAGCUAUUUUGAACUGGAGAGCAGUGGCCUACGGGAUGAGAUUAGAUACCACUACAGGUUUAAUGGGAAGUCAAGAACAGAAGUGUUCCCGUACCGUCUGGCAGAUGGGCAGUGGCACAAGAUUGCUGUGUCACUUAGUGCAUCCCACCUUCUGCUCCACGUGGACUGCAACAGGAUUUAUGAACGCAUAAUUGAUCCCCCAGAAACGAAUUUGACACCUGAAAGCAAUUUAUGGCUUGGACAGAGAAACAGGAAACAUGGCUUCUUUAAGGGUGUUAUUCAAGAUGUGAAAGUCAUCUUUAUACCUAAUGGAUAUAUAACGCAGUGUCCUAAUCUGAAUCGCACAUGCCCAACCUGCAGUGAUUUCUUAAGUCUGGUGCAAGGAAUCAUGGAUUUGCAAGAACUCCUAGCAAAAAUGACUGCAAAAUUAAAUUAUGCAGAAACAAGACUGAGUCAAUUGGAAGACUGUCACUGUGAGAAGACUUGUCAAGUAAAUGGAUUGGUCUAUAGAGACAAAGACUCAUGGGUUGAAGAUGAUCACUGCAGGAAUUGCACUUGCAAAAGUGGAGUUGUGGAGUGCCGAAGGAUGUCCUGUCCCCCUCUCGAUUGUCCUCCUGAUGCUCUCCCAGUGCAUGUGGAAAGCCAGUGCUGCAAAAUAUGCAAGGCAAAGUGUAUCUAUGGAGGCAAAGUGCUAGCAGAAGGUCAACGAGUAUUAACUAAGAGCUGCAGAGAAUGUCGAAAUGGAGUUUUAGUGAAAGUAACAGAGACUUGUCCGCCAUUGAACUGCUCAGAAAAAGAUCACGUUCUUCCAGAGAACCAAUGUUGCAGUGUUUGUAGAGGCCAUAACUUCUGUGCAGAGGGGCACAAAUGUGGUGAAAACUCAGAGUGCAAAAACUGGAACACAAAAGCUACUUGUGAAUGCAAGAAUGGUUAUCUCUCCGUCCAAGGGGACUCUGCCUAUUGUGAAGAUAUUGAUGAGUGUGCUGCCAAGAUGCAUUAUUGUCAUGCCAACACUGUGUGCGUUAACUUGCCUGGAUCCUAUCGUUGUGACUGUGUCAUGGGAUAUGUCCGUGUGGAUGAUUUCUCCUGUACAGAGCAUGAUGAGUGCGGCGGCGAACACCAUAACUGUGAUGAGAAUGCAAUCUGUACUAACACUGUCAGGGGACAUAGCUGCACCUGCAAGCCCGGAUACGUGGGGAACGGGACCAUCUGCCGAGCAUUCUGUGAAGAGGGGUGCAGAUAUGGUGGAACUUGCGUAGCCCCUAACAAAUGCGUCUGCCCUUCUGGAUUCACAGGAAGUCACUGUGAGAAAGAUAUUGAUGAGUGUGCAGAGGGGAUCAUUGAGUGUCACAACCAUUCACGCUGUGUUAACCUCCCAGGGUGGUACCACUGUGAGUGCAGAAGCGGUUUCCAUGACAAUGGAAGCUAUUCUCUUUCCGGGGAGUCCUGUGUUGAUAUUGAUGAGUGUGCCUUAAAGACUCACACCUGUUGGAACGAUUCAGCCUGUGUGAACCUGGCAGGAGGGUUUGAUUGCCUUUGCCCGUCCGGACCAUCUUGCACUGGAGACUGUCCCCAUGAAGGCGGCUUCAAGCGGAACGGGCAGGUGUGGACCCUGAGAGAGGACAGAUGCUCCGUUUGCUCCUGCAAGGAUGGGAGGAUUUUCUGCCGGAGGACAGCCUGUGACUGUGAGAACCCCAGCGCUGAUCUCUUCUGCUGCCCGGAGUGCGACACCCGUGUCACCAGCCAGUGCCUCGACCAAACUGGGCACAAGCUCUACCGCAGUGGGGACAACUGGACCUAUAGCUGUCAGCAGUGCCGUUGCCUGGAAGGAGAGGUGGAUUGUUGGCCUCUUCUGUGCCCCAAUCUAAACUGCGAAUACACAGCCAUCUCGGAGGGGGAGUGCUGUCCCCACUGUGUCAGUGACCCCUGUCUGGCUGACAACAUCACCUAUGACAUCAGGAAAACCUGUCUAGAUGGUUAUGGAAUUACAAGACUUAGCGGCGCUGUAUGGACGAUGGUUGGAUCUCCUUGUACAACCUGCAAAUGCAAGAAUGGGAACGUCUGCUGCUCGGUGGAUUUAGAGUGUCUCAACAAUAACUGA